GUGGAGGUGCUUGCAAUGAGGCAUGGAUGGUGGCCAACGGGUGUUUGACGGCGCGUGGUCUGCGUGGAUGGCUGAGGGUGUGGGUGAUUCUGGUGAAGAGAGCGUUGGAGGGAAUCUGGUGUGAGGUGAGGUGGUCGGGAAGGCGGUUGCGGAGGUGGAGCAUGUCGGGGCAGAGGGGGGGUGGGUCGUCAAUGAUGCCGCUGAAGAGCCUGAUACGGGAGUUUCAGGAGAUGAAGGGCGGGAUAGGGAACAUAUCGCGGCGGAGUUUCGAGCUGAAGUUUCCGCACCACCACAAGGGGAGGUCGAGUGGGAUGGUGCUGGACGAGUCGCAGCUGCGGGCGGAGCCAGUGGUGGAGCAGAGCUGCUGGGCGAACAUGCCGCCGGAGCUGCUGCGGGAUGUGAUACAGAGAGUGGAGGCGAGCGAGAACGCGUGGCCGAGCCGGAAGCACGUGGUGGCGUGCGCAGCGGUGUGCAGCUCGUGGAGGGAGAUAACGAAGGAGCUGGUGCGGACGCCGGAACAGUCAGGGCGGUUGACAUUUCCGAUCGCGUUGAAGCAGCCUGGACCCCGAGACAGUACUAUGCAGUGCUUCAUAAAGCGGGACAGGACGACUUCGACGUAUCAACUGUUUUUGGGUCUUCCGCCUUCUCUAGUAGAGAAUGGAAAGUUUCUAUUAGCUGCAAGAAAGUGUCGACGGGCAACUAGCACAGAUUAUAUAGUUUCUUUAAAUCAUGAAGAUAUGUCAAGAGGAAGUAAUACAUAUGUCGGGAAGCUGAGAUCGAAUUUCCUGGGCACGAAAUUUACAAUCUACGACAGUCAGCCCCCUCACAGCGGUGUGGUAGCCUCCAACCGCGGCACUCGGCGCUUGGGAUCGAAGCAGCUGACUUCACGUGUACAUUGUGGGAGCCACAACGUGGCGCACAUAGCCUACGAGUUGAAUGUGCUGGGCACGCGAGGCCCGAGACGAAUGCAGUGUACGAUGCACUCAAUACCAGCGUCGGCGAUGGCGUCCGGAGGCAGCGCCCCGACACCAACAGAGUUCACGUCAUGCGGGUUGGAGGAGGCGCACGUUCCGUACUCGAGCAUACUUCUGUCUCCGCGGUCGAAAGCGGCGGUGGUGGACAGCAGCGCGUUGGAAAGCAGCGAGCUGGUAUCGGGAGUGCUGUGCAAGGAGGAGCCGUUGGUGUUGAAGAACAAGGCACCGCGAUGGCACGAGCAGCUGCAGUGCUGGUGCUUGAACUUUCGGGGAAGGGUGACGGUGGCGUCUGUGAAGAACUUCCAGCUGGUGGCUGCGACGACAUCGUCGACGACGACGAGUACGACGGCGGGUGAGGCGGCAGCAGCAACGGGAGGUGGAGGUGGAGCAGGUGCAGCGACACCAGCACCGACGAGUUCGGGAUCGGACCACGACAAGGUGCUGCUGCAGUUCGGGAAGAUCGGGAAGGACAUGUUUACGAUGGAUUACCGGUACCCUUUGAGCGCUUUUCAGGCGUUUGCAAUCUGUCUGAGCAGCUUUGACACGAAGUUGGCUUGUGAGUAGGCCGGAGUUACUUCAGGUUGAACCCUCGUGUCAUUCUCCAUCCAUUACCCACAACAUUCCGAGCUUCACGCUCUUCUUUCUGAAGGCUGGAGUGAUGAAAGCUCUUCAUACAGGUGUUGGUUUUUAUCAGACAGGGAAUGCAACCCUAACACUCAGUGGAGACAGAUAUUUUAUUCUGUUGUUUCAUGUUCAUGAAUCUCUUUCAGGUGGAUCAUCCCUCGUAUUCAGCCUCCAACGCAUGUGUGAUUGCACCGAUAGGAACAGUCCUCUGAAAAUGAAGGGUUUAAGCAGAUCAUGGAAUUUCCUAGAGGUUGCGAUAUCGACUUUGCUUGACCCUGCCGCUCUCAGCCGCGGAUGUACGCAUGAACUACGUGUACCCACAAUUCUAAUCUUUCAUCUGGUUCCUAGUACUCUCUUGUUUCGAGUUCAUCAACGUUAGUGCAACUGGAGGGUACUUGUAUAAUGAUGUCAUGAUACUGGAGAAUAUGAUAUCAUGACAUCUUUGGGAAGUUUUUGUAGUUCAUGAAACUGUUUGACUGAUUGUUGCUUAUUUGCCUCAAACCCAAUUGGUGUUUUCUUUUUGCUGCUAGAAGUUUCCAGUGAAUGCUCUAUGAAUCAUAAUGGGAUAGCUGUGCUGGAUAUCAGUAGAGCACUUCGAGUA